AUGUGCGAACUUCAUCUUCACAAAUGUACAAGCUGCGGGGCGAGAUGGCAGAGCCACAGAAAACUGCCGAGCUGCGAAACCAGUGACCCGACCCUCAGAUGUCCGAAGCGUCUAUGCAUGUACGUUGGGAUCCCUGAAAAUCCGAGAAGCAGUGAAUGCCAAGUAUGCGCAUUCGUCAGAGAAGCACUAGACGAGUUUGGGUACGAUGAUGCGUCUAUUCUCACGGGCGAUGGGGGGCAAUGUGCUGCUUCGAAUACCUCUCAGCCAAUUUUCUUGAUGAGAAGUCGAAUUGCAGCCAGGCAAGUCGGGGCAGGGGAUACUUCCGAUGGGCAAUGGAUCAAGAGUGGGGACUAUACCGGCUGCGAUUAA